AUGAAUUCUUUUGUGGCAUUUAUUGGUUUACUUUUAUUGGUUACUUAUGUACAAAGCCGUCCAACCGAUAGUGAUAAUAGUGGUAAAUCGUCAACAAAUCGUAAACCAGAAAAAGAAAUUGUACCAUACAUUAUUCAUUAUGAAAAUGAUAAGAGUGAGGAAGGAUACAACUUUGCCUAUGAGACAUCUGAUGGGAUUGCUCGUGAAGAGGAAAUGGAAAUGAUGAAUGCUGGUACUGAUGACGAGUAUAUUAUAAUGCGUGGAAGUUAUUCAUACGUAGGACCCGAUGGUGUUUUGUAUACUGUGUCAUAUGUUGCUGAUAAAGAUGGUUUCCGGCCAACUGGCCCACAUUUACCUACAAGUAAUUUAAUUCGAAGAAAAUAA